AUGGAUGGAAAGUAUGGUGACGAUGAGGACAUUGAUGGAGUGCCCAUCACUAUGCCUUUUGGAUUAUCAGAGGACAAGCUUGCACCAUCCACAAUGCAGAGCAUAUCAGAGACAAAGUUGCACGAGAUAAGGACUGGCACAACCAAGGUAUCAUUGCUGGACCAACACAGACACCAAACCGAUGCAAGGAAGAAGCGAGACAAUGAUGAGGCGGCUCAGGCUUACAGGGAGUGGAUGAGCUCAUUCGAUACGGAGCAGGUGAGAAAGAAACCUGCUUUUGUCAAGGGAGGCACUUAUGUCUUGUCCUCUGUCCAAAGCGAUGACACUGAUGUGCAUGGAGGCAUACAAGAAAGAUCUACAGAGCAGCAGCAACAACAACAACAACAACAAUCAAACAUUGGUUCUUUCUCAAUGUCGAACUCUCCUCCACCGUCCCCAACACCUCUGAUAAGAAAGGGAAGGUCAAAGUUGAUCGAUGAGUUAAAGGAGGAGUUCAAGCAGAAUCAGCAGGACAGGGAGAGAGACAAAGAAAGGGACAAGGAGAGGCAGCAGGCCAUCGAUGAUAGGGAGAGAGAAAGAGACAGAUAUAGAGAUAGAGGAAGAGAAAGGGAAAGAGAUAGAGACAGAGACAGGGACAGAGAUAGAGAUAGAGAUAAAGAUAGAGAUAAUGAUAGAUAUAGAGAAAGAGAUAGGAAUGGUGAUCGAGUUAGAAACGGAGGGCGAAGCAGAGACACAGAAAAAGUUAUAGACAGGAACAGAGAAGGUGAAUAUGACGACUCAACAUUCACUACAUUGUUCAUUCGUCAGUUGUCAAUGCAAGUCACAGAGGAGGACUUGCAACUAUCCUUCUCAAAAUUCGGAGUCAUCACAAUGAUCAGGAUACUUCCUCCAAAGGGCACACAACCACCUUGCGCCAUCCUCACAUACAGUGAGCACAGGGCUGCAAGCGAUGCUAAGCAUAGCCUCGAUGGCAAGACAAUCAAUGGAAGAGAGGUCAAGAUACAAUGGGCAAAGAGUCAGCAGCAGAUUGGUACUCAGCCUCCAUCGGAGCAACAACAGAAUCACACACCACCAAUGACGAAUCAGAUCCGAAUCAGAAUACCACACAACAUGCAGACAAGGAGUCUAAUCGAGAGAUUGGCAACGUUUGUCUCACGACAAGGUCAUCAUUUUGAGAGUGCUGUCAUGCAACGCGAGAAAGACAAUCCCAACUAUCGUUUCCUGUUUGAAUGCUCAGGCGAUGACUACCACUACUACUGCUGGCGAGUGUUCACAUCGAUGGAGGAGUUUGCCAAGUAUCGAUCAGUACCACUGCAGGUGCUUGAGGAAGGUCCAAUCUAUCUUCCACCAGAUGGCAUCGAUGAGAAGAUUCAAUUGGUGUCUGUUUCUAAUGAGAGCACCAUUGAUUUUGGCAGACAUGACCCGAUCAGGAGUGGAAGCAGAGAGAGAAACAAAGGUGGAGAGAGAGAUGGAAUUAGUGAUGGACGUAGAGACGAUAGGGUUGGAGAAAAAGGAAGAGACAGAGUCAGAGGCAGAGAAAGAGAUAGAGGAGAUAGAGAUAGAGAUAAAGAUAGAGAUAGAGAUAGAGAUAGAGAUAGAGAUAGAGAUAGAGAUAGAGAUAGAGAUAGAGAUAGAGAUAGAGACAGAGACAGAGGCAGAGAUAGAGACAAGGAUAGAGACAGAGUUGGAUCAGGUACCAAGGAUUUGAAACGCAAGGAAAUAUCCUUCACUGAUAGAUCACAAUUCACCGACAUGUUGAGACAUAUGUCAACUUCAAAGCAGAGGAUCAAAGAGGCGAUGGGAUUCUCCAUUGAAUGUUCAGAGUUUAGCAAUGACAUUGUAGAUAUGGUGAUCAACUCUACAUUCGAUCAGGUUCAGUCCAAUAGAUCAAGGAUAUCAAAGCUCUAUCUCAUAUCAGACAUCUUGUCCAAUUGUACUGCCAAAGUACAGAAUGUAUCUUCAUACAGAGGAUUGUUUGAGAAUCAACUUCCACGAUUCUUUGAGGGUUUAGGCGAUACACUCCGAGGAAUCUCAGGUCGUGUGACGGCUCUUAGCUUCAAGGAUCAAAUCCUCAAGGUUCUCCUACAUUGGGAAUACUCAUCAAUCUUCCAGAGGCACUUCAUACAAGGUCUCAGGUUUACUCUCAUCAAUUCAUCAGAACUGCAACAGAAAUACAAGGAUGAGAUAGCAAAGGAAGAGGAAAUAGAUGGUGCCCCCCUUUCAUUGACAGCAGAGGAGACAUCAAAAUCUCCAGGAACAAGACAUAGUUCCCUAGUGAAGUUGUGCAUGCUCAAUGGACUGGUCAGAGUAGGAAGUUUGGAUGACCUUGAGCUUCGUCUGAAGCUCUACAACAAGUUUGUUCAAGAAGAGUCCAAGAAAGAACCUACAGUAUCCCUUCACGAGACCGAUUAUAGCCAAAUAGAUGAAGAGGUCAACGAGUAUAGAACUCGUCUUCUACUAUCAAAGAAUAACGAACUGGAGUCAGUGGAUAGGAGUGUAAUGCAGUACAGAGACACUCUAGUGGCAAGUUAUAGAAAGAGGCGUUCAGGCGAUGAGAGUGGUGUAGAAACAAAGAAACAAAGGUCUUGA